GGUGGGGGGAGUGUGAAUGUGAGUCUAAGCUUUUAGUAAACGCCCUUUUCCAUGAGGCCGGACACAGAGAGGGAGAGGCGAGCGCUGAGAGCAUCUCAGUCCCAGCAGCUCCAUCCGGCCGCUACAGCAGGGGCUGCACAGCGCACCAACAUGCAGCCAGCACUGCUCGGCACACUCGCGGUUCUGCUAACUUUCUGCGUUCUACACUGUAAUUGUCAAGGCUUGGGGUGUGAGCCGGGCCAGUUCCGCUGUGCGACAGGCAGGUGUAUCCCGGCAGGCUGGCGCUGUGAUGGCAUUGCAGACUGCACAGAUGACUCAGAUGAGAGUGGCUGCCCCCAAUCGACCUGUGAUGCGGGUCAGUUCCAGUGUCUGAGUGAUGGCGAGUGCAUUCCAGAACCCUGGCUGUGUGAUGAUGAGGAGGACUGUGAAGAUGGUUCAGAUGAAAGACAGCACUGCCCUGGCAGAACUUGCUCCAGCACACAGUUCAGCUGCACUAAUGGGGCCUGCAUCCCAGGGGAGUACAGGUGUGACCAUCUACCUGACUGUUCAGACGGGGCGGAUGAGAGAAACUGCCACUACCCUGAGUGCUCAGAGCUGAGGUGUGCAAACGGGGCGUGCUACAACACAAGCCAGCACUGUGACCAGGUGCUCAACUGCCGAGACGGCUCAGAUGAGGCCAACUGCACUCAGCGAUGCAGUGGUGGCCAAUUCCAAUGCAGUAAUGGAGAGUGUGUUCCACGUGGGUAUGUUUGUGACCAUGAUGAUGACUGUGGGGACAGGAGUGAUGAACAGAACUGCACUUACCCUACAUGUAGAGGGACUUACUUCACUUGCCCCAGCGGUCGCUGUAUACACCAGGUCUGGUUGUGCGACGGAGAGGACGACUGUGGAGACAAUGCUGAUGAGAGAGGCUGUGAUAAUGUCCAGCAUGAAUGUUUCCCGGGUGAAUGGCCAUGUCCGUCGUCCGGUGUUUGUAUUCCCAUGAGGCAGCUCUGUGAUGGGACACCCCACUGUCCUGAUGGGGAAGAUGAGACCAACUCGACAGCUGGUCGCAACUGCAGUAUAUGGCGCUGUGCGUCUUUGAGCUGCGAGCAUCGCUGUCAAAUUUCUCCUGAAGGCGGUACCUGCUCUUGUCCGCCUGGCUAUGUGGUCAGCAGCAACAAUAGCCGCUCCUGUAUCGAUUAUGAUGAGUGCCAGUUGUGGGGAGUUUGCGAUCAGCUGUGUGAGGAUCGGAUAGGAACCCAUCGCUGCAGCUGUCAGGAGGGAUACGUGUUAGAGCAGCACAGAUACUGUAGAGCCAAUACAUCCUCUGGAGUGGCAUCUUUGCUGUUUUCGGAUGGAAGAGAUUUGCUGGUUGGAAGUAUCCAUGGCCACAGCUCUCGCACCCUGGUUAGCUCUGCGAAUAGGGGAGUGGCGGUGGGAGUGGACUUCCACUACCAGCUCCAAAGGGUCUUCUGGACUGACACUAUUCAAAACAAGGUUUUUUCGGUGGACAUGGAUGGAUCGCAUUUACAGGAGAUCCUCAAUGUAUCGGUUGACUAUCCUGAGAACCUGGCAGUGGACUGGGUGAACAAUAAACUUUAUGUGGUGGAGGCCAGUGUCAACCGAAUUGACAUGGUGGACUUCGAUGGGAGCAAUCGUGUCACACUCAUCGCAGAGAACCUGGGAAACCCAAGAGGCCUGGCCUUAGACCCAACAGUUGGGUAUCUUUUCUUCUCUGACUGGGACACUCUGAAUGGCGAACCUGGGCUGGAGAGGGCCUACAUGGAUGGUACAAACCGCUACGGUAUUGUUAGAUCCAAACUGGGCUGGCCUGCUGGGAUCACACUGGACAUUGAUGCCAAAAGGGUGUACUGGGUGGACAGUCGCUAUGACUACAUAGAAACUACCACCUAUGAUGGUCUACACAGGAAAACAGUGGUGCAUGGAGGCUCAGUGAUCCCUCACCCCUUUGGCAUCAGUCUGUUUGAACACUCUGUGUACUACACUGACUGGACCAAGAUGGCCGUCAUGAAAGCCAACAAGUUCAGUGACAGCAGCCCACAAGUGCUCUAUUCAACCACUCAGACACCACAUGGUGUGGCCGUGGUUCAUGCUUUCAGGCAGCCCUAUGUCAGUAACCCAUGUGGGAUGGACCGAGGUGGCUGUGAGCAAAUCUGUGUGUUGAGUCACAGGACGGAUAAUGGUGGCCUGGGAUACCGCUGCAGGUGCCGGAUGGGUUACGACCUGCACCCUGAUGGCAAGAGAUGUGUGGCUGUGAGGCAGUUCCUGCUCUUCUCUAGUCAGCUUGCAGUUAGAGGAAUCCCCUUUAACCUUUCCUCUCAGGAGGACAUCAUCCUACCUGUCACUGGAACACCAUCAUACUUUGUUGGAGUGGACUUCAGUGCCGAGGACAAUUCAAUCUUUUUCUCAGACACUGCCAAAGACAUUAUCUACAAACAGAAAGUGGAUGGGACAGAGAGGGAGAUACUUGCAGCCAAUCGGGUAGAAGGUGUGGAGGAUCUGGCUUAUGACUGGAUAUCGAAGAACCUGUACUGGACAGAUCCACGCUACAGGAGUAUAUCAGUCAUGAAAGUUGCAGACAAGUCCAGAAGAGCCAUCAUACGCAACCUAAACAAUCCCAGAUCUAUAGUUGUGCAUCCAAUGGUUGGUUUCAUUUUCUGGACCGACUGGUACCGUCCAGCAAAGAUUAUGAGGUCCUGGUGCGAUGGGUCACAUGCUCAGUCAAUCGUAAACACCACUCUUGGCUGGCCUAAUGGCCUCGCUAUCGACUGGAGUUCUAUGCGUUUGUAUUGGGUCGAUGCCUUUUUUGACAAGAUUGAGCAUAGUACUUUUGAUGGCCAGAACAGGAUGUCUUUGGAUCGGAUCACUCAGAUAUCCCAUCCGUUCGGACUUACUAUUUUUGGAGGUUAUGCAUACUUCACUGACUGGCGUCUGGGAGGGAUCGUUCGUGUUCGGAAAACGGACGGUGGAGAGAUGGUGAUUAUCCGACGAGGGAUCAGCCACAUUAUGCAUGUCAAAUCUUUCAACGCUGACUUGCAGACUGGUUCUAACUUCUGUAACAGGCCAUCAAACCCCAAUGGAGACUGCAGUCACUUCUGUUUCCCUGCGCCUUACUCCCAGCGUGUGUGCGGCUGCCCUUAUGGAAUGAAGCUGGACCCCAAUCAACAGACAUGCCUUGAGGAUCCAUCCAAUGAGCCCCCUACGCUGCAGUGCGGCUCCAACUCUUUCUCCUGCUCUAAUGGAAAGUGCGUUCCUCAGAACUACCGAUGUGAUGGUGUGGAUGACUGCCAUGACAACAGUGAUGAGGCCGGCUGUGGAGCUAACAACAGCACCUGCUCCUCUACUGCCUUCACCUGUGCCAAUCAGCGCUGUGUGCCCAGGAACUGGCGCUGUGAUGGCCACAAUGACUGUUUUGAUGGCAGUGAUGAGAGAGACUGUCCUACUCAGACCCCUGGCACAUGCCAGGCUGACCAAUUCAGCUGUGCCAACCAUCGCUGCAUCCCGCGCACCUGGCUCUGCGACACAGACAAUGACUGCGGUGAUGGCUCUGAUGAAACCAACUGUGAUGCUAUAGGAACAUGCCAUCCAGGUCAGUUCCAGUGUCCUGACCAUCGCUGUAUUGACCCAGCCUAUGUGUGUGAUGGAGAUAGAGACUGUGUGGAUGGGGCAGAUGAGCAGGACUGUGUUUACAACUGCACUGGCUAUGAGUUCAAGUGUGCUAAUGGACACCAGUGUGUCAACUCCUACUACCGCUGCGAUGGGGUUUUUGACUGCAAUGACCGCUCCGAUGAAUCUGGCUGUCCCACGAGGCCUCCAGGCAUGUGCCACCAUGAGAGUGAGUUCCAGUGCCAAUCAGACGGCAGCUGUGUACCUGCUACAUGGGAGUGCGAUGGCCACCCUGACUGUGAGGAUGGUUCAGACGAGCACCACGCCUGCCCCCCGCGGACGUGCCCCACGUCACUCUUCCGCUGCGAUAAUGGCAACUGUGUGUUCCGCAGCUGGCUAUGCGAUGGCGACAACGACUGUCGUGAUGGCAGUGAUGAGCGCGACUGUCCCACACCACCAUUCCGCUGCCCCAGCUGGCAGUGGCAGUGCCCCGGCCACAGUAUAUGUGUCAACCUCAGUAGAGUGUGUGAUAAUACACCUGAUUGCCCAAAUGGAGCGGAUGAGUCACCACUUUGCAACCAAGAGAGUUGUUCAGACAACAAUGCAGGCUGCACUCACGGCUGUAUCCAGGGUCCAUUUGGGGCUCAGUGCACGUGUCCAAUGGGCUAUCAACUAAGCAAUGACUCAAAGACGUGUGAGGAUAUAGAUGAGUGUGUUCCCCGUGGCCUGUGCAGCCAGCAUUGUUUCAAUGAAAGAGGCUCAUUUCGGUGCCAUUGCCAGGAAGGAUACACACUUGAGACAGAUGGACGGACCUGCAAAGCUUCAGGAUCUCGAGAAGCAAUCCUGCUGGUGGCCAGUCGUAAUCAGAUCAUAUCCGAUGACAUCAUCUCUCAGCCGAAUGUGGUGCGCUCCCUUGUCCGAGAUGGUCGUAACAUUGUGGCGGUGGAUUUUGACUCAGUGACGGACCGUGUGUACUGGUCUGAUACUACCCAGGACAGAAUAUGGAGUGCACAUAAGAAUGGCAGUGACAGGACUGUGAUCUUUGACAGUGGUGUGACGGUCACUGAGAGCCUUGCAGUCGACUGGGUCGGUAGAAACCUGUACUGGACCGAUUACGUUCUGGAGACUGUAGAGGUGGCCAAACUGGACGGUUCCCAUAGAACAGUGCUUGUUAGUCAGAAUGUCUCAAAUCCAAGGGGCCUUGUGCUGGACCCCAGCAAUGGUGCUCACCUCAUGUUUUGGACGGACUGGGGAAGAAACCCUCGCAUCGAGAGAGCCAGCAUGGAUGGCACACUGAGAACCACCAUUAUCAGCAACAAGCUCUAUUGGCCCAACGGUCUGACCAUAGACUAUCCCAACAGUCUGCUCUACUUCGCUGAUGCUUACCUGGAUUUCAUUGACUACUGUGAUUAUGAUGGAAACAACCGGAAACAAGUUCUUGCCAGCGAUCUGGUACUACAACACCCCCAUGCAAUUACCAUUUUUGAGGAUUUUGUGUACUGGACUGACAGAUAUGUCAAUCGUGUGAUCCGGGCCAACAAGUGGCAUGGAGAGAACCAGACGGUGAUGCUGUAUAACCUGCCCCAGCCCAUGGGUCUGGUGGCAAUGCAUCCGGCCAGACAGCCAGCAGGUGACAACUCAUGCGCAGGGAGUUCCUGCACCCACAUCUGCCUGCUCUCCGCAUCUGGCCCCAGGUUUUACUCCUGUGCCUGUCCCUCAGGCUGGACACUGUUACCUGACCAGGUGACCUGUAAUAGAGUGGACGAACCGUUCCUGGUGGUUGUUAGGGACAGCAUCAUUUAUGGUAUUUCCCUCAACCCAGACGAUAAGAGCAAUGAUGCUAUGGUGCCUGUUGCUGGGCUGCAAAAUGGAUACGAUGUGGACUUUGAUGAUACUGAGCAGAUGAUCUACUGGGUUGAACACCCUGGGGAGAUCCACAGGGUUAGGUCAGAUGGCACUAACAGGACUGAGUUUGCUCCAGCGGCUAUCUUGGGAUCUCCAGUGGGAUUGGCUCUUGACUGGAUGUCUCAAAAUCUAUACUACACCAACCCAGCCACACAGUCCAUAGAGGUACUGAGGCUGAAAGGCGAAGUGCAGUACAGGAAGACUCUCCUCACUAACAAUGGUACCCCAACUGGCGCAGGCACCCCAGUUGGCAUAGCUGUGGACCCGGCACGUGGGAAGAUGUACUGGACAGAUCAUGGAACAGAGAGCGGCAUUCCAGCCAAGGUGGCAUGUGCAGACAUGGACGGUUCUAACUCAGUUAUCCUCUACACCAACAACCUGGACCAUGUGGAGUUUAUCACUAUUGACAUCAAAGAGAACAAACUCUACUGGGCCGUCACGGGGUCUGGAGUGAUUGAGAGAGGAGAUCCAAACGGGUCAAACCGCAUCACUGUGGUUGCUGGCCUUUCUCAUCCGUGGGGUGUGGCUGUGCACAGGGACUACCUGUACUUCACUGAUAGGGACUUUGAGGUGAUUGAACGUGUGGACAAAGCCACAGGAGCCAACAAAAUUGUGCUGCGGGACAAUGUAGCCGGUCUCAGAGUACUCAAAGUGCACUACAGAGAGACCUCCGCAGGCUCUUCCAAUGGCUGCAGUAAUAAUGAAGGUGUGUGUGAGCAGCUGUGUCUUCCUCGUCCCGGAGGCCUGUUCUCCUGUGCCUGCGCUACAGGCUUCAGACUCAAGCCUGAUAACAGAACCUGUGCUCCAUUCCAGUCCUACGUGGUCAUUUCUAUGCUGACGGCCAUCAAGGGAUUCAGUUUGGAGGGAGCUGAUCAUUCUGAGGCCAUGGUUCCUGUGGCAGGGAGAGGUCGUAAUGUUCUGCAUGUGGACGUGCACAUGGAAUCUGGGUUUGUGUACUGGUGUGACUUCAGCAGCACUGUUGCCUCUCAGAACGGAAUUCGUCGGAUCAAGCCAGACGGAUCUGGAUUCCGCAGCAUCGUUACCUCUGGGAUCGGGCGCAAUGGAAUCCGAGGCAUCGCUGUGGACUGGGCGGCAGGGAACCUGUACUUCACAAACGCCUUUUUAACAGAGACGUACAUUGAAGUCAUUCGCCUUAACACCACUUUCCGACGGGUACUCUUGAAGACCCAGGUGGACAUGCCUCGUCAUAUUGUAGUAGACCCCAAAAACAGAUACCUCUUCUGGGCUGACUAUGGGCAGAACCCCAAAAUUGAGCGGGCUUUCCUGGACGGUAGCAACCGGACUGUACUGGUCUCGUCUGGAAUCAUCACACCAAGGGGACUGGCUCUGGACCACAGGAACGGAUACAUCUACUGGGUGGAUGACUCACUUGACAUGAUCGCCCGGGUGCAUCCUAAUGGGGGUGAGACAGAGAUUGUACGGUUUGGGAGCCGCUACCCUACCCCAUAUGGCAUCACUGUGUUUGAGAAUAACAUCAUCUGGGUGGACAGGAACUUGAAAAAGGUCUUCCAGGCCAGCAAAGAACCAGGAAAUACUGACCAGCCAUCAGUGAUCAGAGACAACAUCAACAUGCUGCGAGACGUCACGAUCUUUGACCAGAGGAUGCAGCCCAGAUCAGCUCAGGAGCUCAAUAACAAUCCCUGCUUGGAGUCUAAUGGAGGCUGUGCUCAUUUAUGCUUUGCUCUGCCAGGCACUCAGACCAGGAAGUGUGCCUGUGCCUUUGGAAACCUGGCUGUGGAUGGUCUGAGCUGUGUGGUGUCCCGGGACGAUUACCUCAUAUACACCACAGAGAGCACAGUUCGCUCUCUAAGGCUGGACCCUGAAGACCACUCAUUGCCCUUCCCUGUGGUCAACGUGGCCCGGACCUCUAUUGCUCUGGAUUAUGACAGGUUGGACAACAGGAUCUACUUCACUCAGAGCUCUGGACCAGGACAGAGCAAGAUCAGCUACGUUAGCCUGUCAUCUCCCACCUCACCUGCUACCGUGGUGGCUACAGAUCUAGGUGCCCCUGAUGGUAUUGCCUAUGACUGGAUCAAUAAAAGGAUCUAUUACAGUGACUAUGUUAAUCAGACCAUCAGCUCCAUGGCUGUGGAUGGAUCUCAGAGGACUCUUAUAGCUCAUGUGCCCAGACCACGAGCUAUCAUGCUUGACCCCUGCAGUGGGUACAUGUACUGGACUGACUGGGGUACCAAUGCCAAGAUCGAGCGUGCAACUCUGGGUGGAAAUUUCCGGACUGAGAUAGUUAACACCAGUCUGGUGUGGCCAAAUGGCCUUACCCUGGACUAUGAUGAACAGAGACUCUACUGGGCCGAUGCCAGCCUACAGAAGAUUGAACGUUGUUCUCUUACGGGGGCUAACCGUGAGAUCAUUGUGAGCACGGCCAUCUACCCAUUCGCCAUGACUGUGUAUGGGCAGCAUAUCUUCUGGACGGACUGGAAUACGCGGAGCAUCUACAGAGCCAACAAGCACGAUGGCUCAGACCAGAGGGUCAUGCUUCAGAACCUUCCGUCUCGGCCUAUGGACAUCCACGUGCUGUCCAACAGCAAACAGCAGCAAUGCGGCAGCCCCUGUCAACAGUUCAAUGGAGGCUGUAGCCAUAUCUGCACUCCAGGUCCUCAGGGGGCAGAGUGUCAGUGUCCAUCUGAGGGUCGCUGGUACCUGGCUGACAACAAAUACUGCAUCCCUGAUAAUGGCACGCGCUGCCAACCUGGCCAGUUCACCUGCAUGAAUGGCCGCUGCAUCCGUGCGCAGUGGAAAUGUGACAAUGAUGAUGACUGUGGAGAUGGCAGUGAUGAGCUGGAGAGAGUGUGUGCCUUCCACACGUGUGAGCCCACUGUAUUCACCUGUGGAAACGGCAAGUGUGUGCCAUACCACUACCGCUGUGAUCACUAUAACGACUGCGGAGACAACAGUGAUGAGGCAGGCUGUGUGUUUCGCCCAUGUGACCCAGACACAGAGUUCACCUGCAACAACGGCCGCUGCAUCGCACGCGAGUACGUGUGCAACGGCAUCAAUAACUGUUAUGACAAUGGAACCUCAGAUGAACAGAACUGCGCUGAAAGGACCUGCCAGCCUGAGCACACUAAAUGCCAGACCACCAACAUCUGUAUCCCACGCUCUUACCUGUGUGAUGGGGAUAACGAUUGUGGAGACAUGAGUGAUGAAAGCCCCACACACUGCGCUACUUCUACAUGUUCCCAGAAUGAAUUCCGUUGCUCGAGUGGACGCUGUAUUCCUGCACACUGGUACUGUGACGAGGGUGCUGACUGUGCAGAUGGUUCAGAUGAACCCUCCACCUGCACCACCAUGGUGAGGACCUGUAACUCAGACCAAUUCCGCUGCGAUGAUGGCAGGUGUAUUGCAUCCUCCUGGAUCUGUGACGGAGACAACGACUGUGGUGACAUGAGUGAUGAAGACCAGAGACACAACUGUGCUAACCGAACAUGCUCUCCUCUGGAGUUCACCUGUGUGAAUAAUCGGCCUCCGCAGCGAAAGUGUAUCCCCCGGGACUGGGUGUGUGAUGGAGAUGCAGACUGCUCUGAUGCAUAUGAUGAGCACCAGAACUGCACACGCAGAUCCUGCUCUGUCAACGAGUUCACCUGCAGCAACGGCCUCUGCAUUCGCAGCUCUUACAGAUGUGACCGACGUAAUGACUGUGGUGACAGCAGUGAUGAGCAAGGCUGCACGUACCAGGCAUGUCAGCAGCACCAGUUCACCUGUCAGAAUGGCCGCUGUAUCUCACGGGACUUCCAGUGCGAUGGUGAUAAUGACUGUGGCGAUGAGUCAGACGAGCUGGACAGCCUGUGCCGGACUCCAGCCCCUACUUGUCCUCCUGGGAACUAUAGGUGUGAGAAUGGAAACUGUGUGCCAGCGAGCCAGGUGUGUGACCACAGUGACGACUGCAAUGACAACAGUGAUGAGAAAGGCUGCGGCAUUAAUGAAUGCACAGACCCCUCUAUGCACCACUGUGACCACGAAUGCACAGACACCCCAACCAGCUUCAUCUGUACCUGUCGCCCUGGUUACCGCCUCAUGUCUGACAACAGGACGUGUGACGACGUGAAUGAGUGUUGGGACACGCCCAGCGUGUGCAGUCAGGUCUGUGAGAACACUGUGGGCUCGUAUGUGUGUAAGUGUGCCCCAGGCUUCCUGCGUGAGCCGGAUGGUCAUAGCUGCCGGCAGAACAGCAAUAUCAGCCCCUACCUGAUCUUCAGCAACCGCUACUACCUGCGCAACCUGUCCACAGAUGGAGAGGCCUACUCACUCAUCCUGCAGGGCCUGACCAGUGUGGUGGCGCUGGACUUUGAUCGCGUGGACAAACGGCUGUACUGGAUCGAUGUGAGCCGCCGGGUAGUGGAGAGGAUGUUCUUUAACGGGACAGGCAGAGAAGUAGUGGUGAAUGGGGUCCUGCACGGUGAAGGCCUGGCCGUGGACUGGGUGGGCCGGAAGCUUUACUGGGUGGACAGUUUUCUGGACUGCAUGAAAGUGUCAGAGCUCGAUGGACGCUUUGUGCGGAAACUGGCCGAGCACUGUGUAGAUGCUAACAACACCUACUGCUUUGAGAAUCCAAGAGCCGUUGUAGUGCAUCCAAAGUUUGGAUAUGUGUACUGGACAGACUGGGGAGAUAAAGCUUUCAUAGGUCGUGUUGGGAUGGACGGCAACAACAAGUCUGCCAUCAUCACCACUAAGAUCGAGUGGCCCAAUGGUCUGACCAUUGACUACACCAAUGACAUGCUGUACUGGUCCGAUGCUCACCUCAACUACAUAGAAUACUCAGACCUAGACGGCCGUCACCGACACACUGUGUAUGACGGUGUGCUCCCUCACCCAUUUGCCUUAACUGUGUUUGAAGACACUGUAUACUGGACUGACUGGAACACCCGCACAGUAGAGAAAGGCAAUAAGUACAAUGGCAGUGGUCGCCAAGCUCUUGUCAACACCACCCACAGACCCUUCGACAUCCACGUGUGUCACCCCUACCGCCAGCCCAUAGUAACUAAUCCCUGUGGCCUAAACAACGGAGGCUGCUCUCACCUCUGUCUGCUGAAAGCUGGAGGGCGAGGUUACACCUGUGAAUGCCCUGACCACUUCCUGACUGUACAGAUUGGGGGCGUGGCCCGCUGUCUACCUAUGUGCUCCAGCACGCAAUACAGAUGCGCUGACAAUGAACGCUGUAUCCCUAUCUGGUGGAAGUGUGACGGUCAGCAUGAUUGCAGGGAUGGAUCUGAUGAGCCCUCCACGUGCCCCCUCCGCCACUGCAGGCUGGGCCAGUUCCAAUGUAAUGACGGGAACUGCACCAGCCCACAUUUCCUAUGUAACUCUAACCAGGACUGUCCUGAUGGGUCAGAUGAGGACACUGUGCUGUGUGCCACCCACCAGUGUGAGUCGCACCAGUGGCAGUGCAGUAAUAAGCGCUGUAUCCCGGAGGCCUGGCAGUGUGAUGGGGAGAAUGACUGUGGAGACGGCUCAGAUGAGGACCCCUCACACUGCUCCAGCAGGACCUGCCGUCCCGGCCAGUUCAAGUGCAGGAAUGGCCGCUGUAUCCCACAGAGCUGGAAAUGUGAUGUGGAUGAUGACUGUGGAGACAACUCUGACGAACCCCUCGAUGAGUGCAUGGGUCCAGCAUAUCGAUGUGAUAACCACACUGAGUUUGACUGCGUUACCAACUACCGCUGUGUUCCUCUAUGGGCUGUGUGCAAUGGACACAAUGACUGCAGGGAUAACAGUGAUGAGCAGAACUGUGAGGAGCUGACCUGUGACCCCGCUGGAGAUUUCCGCUGUGAUAACCACCAGUGUAUCCCUCUGCGCUGGAAAUGUGAUGGAGACAACGACUGCGGGGAUGGAUCAGAUGAACGUCACUGCAGCCCUCGAGCAUGCACAGAGAGCGAGUAUCGCUGUGACAACCUGCACUGCAUUCCUGACCGCUGGGUGUGUGACCAUGACAACGACUGUGAGGAUAACUCUGAUGAAAGGGACUGUGAGUUGCGGACCUGCCACCCUGGGUAUUUCCAGUGUGAUAGCGGCCACUGCAUAGCUGAGCGCUUCAAAUGUGAUGGCAAUGCAGACUGCUUGGACUUCACUGAUGAGAUGUCAUGCCCAACACGUUACCCCAAUGGCACGUACUGUCCUCCCUUCCUCUUCGAGUGUAAGAACCAUGUGUGUGUUCAGCAGCACUGGAGAUGUGAUGGAGACAAUGACUGUGGAGAUGGAUCAGAUGAGGAGCUGCAUCUUUGCUUGGAUAUCCCAUGUGAACCUCCGUUCCGAUUCCGCUGUAACAACAACCGCUGUAUCUACAGCCAUGAGCUUUGCAACUCGGUGGAUGACUGUGGGGAUGGAACAGAUGAAAAGGAGGAGCACUGUGUGACCCCCACACAUGGGCCUUGCUCUCCUGAUGAGUAUAAGUGUGGGAACGGCCACUGCAUUCCUCUGCAGUACGCCUGUGAUGAUUAUGACGACUGCGGAGACCAGACUGAUGAGCUAGGCUGCAUCAAAGGCAGUGGGCGUUCUUGCAGUGAGAAUCUGUGUGAACAUAACUGCACUGGGCUGACUGAUGGGGGCUUUAUCUGCUCCUGCAGGCCAGGAUAUAAGCCCAACGAGGAGAACAGAAACUCCUGCGAGGAUGUCAACGAGUGUGAGGUCUAUGGCACUUGUCCGCAGCUGUGCAGAAACACUAAGGGUAGUUAUGAGUGUCUCUGUGCUGAGGGAUUCCGCUCUGUAGGACUGCAGCAAGGCCUGGAGUGUGCUGCUGAAGGCAAUCCUCCAGUGUUGCUGUUGCCUGAUAACGUACGUAUCCGUCGCUAUAACCUGUCCUCUGAGCAGUACUCGGACUAUGUGGAUGACGGCGAGCACAUCCAGGCUUUGGAUUACCUUUGGGAUCCUGAAGGCCAGGGACUAAGUAUUGUGUACUGGACUGUUCUGGGUCGUGGUGCUCAGUUUGGCUCCAUAAAAAGAGCAUAUAUGACCACUUUUGAUGACCAUGGCAACAACCCAGUGAAAGAGGUAGAUCUUAACCUCAGAUACAUCUCCAGCCCUGAUGGCAUUGCUGUGGACUGGGUCGGACGACAUAUUUACUGGACAGAUGCAGGCACCAAUCGUAUUGAAGUGGCCAAGCUGGAUGGGCGGUACAGAAAGUGGCUGAUUCAUUCUGAUCUCGACCAACCAGCUGCAAUUGUCGUCAGCCCAUCUGUUGGUAUGAUGUACUGGACUGACUGGGGCAGGAGCCCAAAGAUUGAGGCAGCAUGGAUGGACGGUCAACACAGACAGGUGCUGCUGGAUGAAGAUCUGGGCUGGCCGACAGGAUUGGCUCUAGACUACCUUAAUGGCAAUAGGAUUUACUGGUGCGACUCCAAAGAGAACAUCAUUGAAUCAAUGAAAGUAGAUGGAACAGACAGGAAGAUUGUCAUGUCAGGAGAUAUUGGAAACCCGUACAGUCUGGAUUUGUUUGAGGGCCAUGUAUACUGGACAACAAAAGCCAAGGGUGAGGUGUGGAAGACCGACAAGUUUGGCAAGGGGGAUAAAGUGAAGGUGCUGACUGUAAACCCUUGGCUGACGCAGGUCCGCAUCUAUCAGGAACACAGAUACAACCGCUCAGUGGUGAACCCCUGUAAGGGUGUGUGCAGUCACUUGUGUCUGCUGCGACCUGCUGGAUACACCUGUGCCUGUCCACAAGGCUCCACGCUGCUCAGCUUCAACCAGAAUGAAUGUGAUGCAGCCAUAGAGACAGAGGUGGCCAUGCCGCUUGCAUGCAGAUGCAUGAAUGGUGGAACGUGCUACACCGACGAAGCGGGUCUGCCCAAAUGCAAGUGUCCAUACGGCUAUUCAGGAAGCUAUUGUGAAAUGGGAAAGUCCAGAGGAGCCCCUGCUGGAACAGCAGUGGCUGUGCUCUUAGCAGUGAUUAUUAUUCUGCUGAGUGGAGCUCUGGCUGUUGGGCUUUUCCUCAACUACAGACGAACUGGCUCAGUCAUCCCCUCUCUGCCCAAACUGCCCAGUCUGAGCAGCCUGGUCAAGUCAGGUGACACAGGAAAUGGAGUGUCUUUCCGCUCUGGCGACAAUGUCACCAUGGACCUGGAACCCCAGACUCUUGGGGUGUCCUUCAUCGACAGAGCCAUGCAGCUGGAUGAGAACUUUGCCGAUGCUGGAAGGCAGCCUGUCACGUUUGAGAAUCCUCUUUAUUCAACUGCAGCAGGAGCGUCUGGUGAUCCUGCAGUCAUACAUGCUACCCAGGUGACUGUGAAUGUCAGUGGUGAUCAAAUAGAGAACAACUUUGCAAACCCUAUGUACCAUGCACAGCAACAGGCAGUGGAGGUCAAGAGUGUUCCAGUAGGCCCCAAGACCACCCAGGAGUCCAAGUGGAGCUUCUUCAAAAGAAAACUGAAACCAAGCACAACAUUUGAAAACCCAACAUACUCAGAGAUGCAGGAUGAGCAGCCUGCUGGGAGUGCAGAGGACACCUCCUCCAGUCAGCCAUCUCCCUUCGUACCGCCUCCCAAGCCUACAAAGCAGGAGAAACCCAGCAUGUACUCCCCCACAGAGGACACGUUCCGAGACACAGCCAACCUGGUCAAAGAGGACAGUGACAUAUAACUGUCCCCGUCCUCUCUCUAACUCUCUUUCACACACAAGGG